UAAAAUACAACAUUAAAAUGCAGCCUCAUUUCAGUAGAAACUCAAAUCAGAAACAUUUUGGGGAUGAAAACGUCAAAUCUUCACCAAGGCCAACUAUCCAGACUGGUCCUACGUGGGCCAGAAAAAAGCCAGGGAAGUCCCCAAAUAGGAGUUCCCUCACAGAAGGAGAAAAGAAAAGAAAGAGGGGGAGGGAAUCAAGUUGAUUCCAAGUCAAAGGCCAGGCAGAACAACUCUGUCUUACAGGCCCUGCAGAAAGAAAUCAGAUCCUUCAGGGCCCUGGUCUCAUGAGGCAGAGCGUUCCACCAGGCCGGAGCCAGUGUUGAAAAGGCCCUGGCUCUGGUUGAGGCUAAUCUGACUUCCUUAGGGCCCAGGACCUCUAGGGUGUUGCUAUUUAUGGACCUUCUAUCUCCUUUCUGUCUGGCAGGUGCCUCUUGAUGCACACGGAAGUCAAGUUCAUCACCGGUCCCCAUCAACAUCCGUGCAGUGUGAUGUUCUCUUACGGCAUCGGAGUGUUUUUCAUCUCAUUCCUGGCCAGCUUCAUUGCUAUCCUGGUUUUGCUUCUCCAAGCCAGAGGGCUGUACAAGAGGUUUCUGAAUUCAACCGGCUACGUGGGCGAUCAGGAGUGGGCGAUGAUUAAGAUGGUAGAGCAAAGAGUGUUUUUGUACCCCAUGAUAUUUUUUUGCUGCUGGGGUCCAGCCUUUAUCCUUGGAAUCUUCAGACUGACAUCUUUGGAGCACACCAGGCCGUACAUGGGAUUUUGUGUUUUAGAGGCCCUGACAGCGUCAUCCCAGGGCCUCCUGAACUGCGCUGUUUACUGCUGGACCCAGCAUACGUUCCGCUGCAUGAAGCGCAGGGCCUGCCAAGACGGCGAGACCCAGACGCCGCUCCUGCGGUCCCAGAAGAGGUUCUACGAAAGCACGCUGCCCGCUGCUGGACGCCAGGUGGAGGCCAAGUCCGCUGCGGGCUCCACGGCGCUGUGAGCAAGGGAGCUUUUGGAGUCCCUCUGGCUGAGCACCCGAAACUCUCUCCUCCCACUCCUUUGGCACCCUCCUCACUGCCACGUAUUGCCAGAGGGGAAGGUGGGCAGCCCAGCCACCUUGGCCCACCAGGCUCCCCACCUGAUCCCACCCAUGCCCUGCCAAGUUAAAGAGACCUUAUC